ACGUCAGGCCAGAACAAUAUAAAAGCAACGACUGGGACAGAGUUUAGUUUCUCUGCCAUUUAAGCUGCUCCAACAUAGCUACAAUAGUAUUUUUGUUCAAGUUAUAGCAGAUUAUCCUGUUAUUCAUCUCCGUCGAAAUGGUUGCUAUCGUUGUACCAGAAAACUACGGUGCCGUCGUCGCAGUCGCCCUGGGAGCUAUUCCAGUGCUUAGCUUCAUUCAUGGAACCAUCGUGACCGGUCUUCGGAAGGACGCCAAGGUCCCCUAUCCUCACACCUAUGCGACGGUUGAGCAAUGCAAGUCAAAUGCCAAGGCCGAGCAAUUCAACUGCGCGCAGCGAGCCCACGCUAACUACCUCGAGAAUAUGACUCAAACAAUGCUCUUCACCCUCUUCGCGGGUCUGAAAUACCCUCACCUGGUAACAGCAAUUGGCGCUUCAUGGGUGUUUUUCCGAACUCUCUACUUGUACGGCUAUGUGUACUCGGGUAAGCCACAAGGCAAGGGAAGGAUGCUGGGAGGUUUGUUCUGGUUUUCUCAAGGCGCCCUGUGGGCUCUGAGUGUGUUUGGUGUUGCGAAGGAUAUGAUCUCUUUCUGAAUUUGAGAGUCAUUCUGCAUCUCACAAAUUAUGUUAUAUAUAUAUGUACGUUAAACCUCCAUAGGGACACUACCAAUAAUGGACCAACGUGUUAUCUUCUACAGUU